UCUCUUUUACACUUGGCUUCUAAACUCAGCUCUCUGCUCUAGCCCUAGAAGUGCUCUCGGUGUCAGACACAAACCAGGCAGAACUUCAUCUGUUUCAACCACCUGUGAGGAAUCAGAGGCAAGAUCUGCCAGCUGACCAAAGAAGGUAUCUCACUAAGCGUCGAAAGGAGGUGGUAGGUCUCUCCCUUCAAAAUGUCAAAACAGCCAGCUUCAAAUGUCAGAUCUAUUCAGGCUAAUAUUAACAUCCCGAUGGGAGCACUCUUACCUGGAGCAGGUCAACCACCUAAAAGGAAAGAAUGCACUGAACCUGAUGAGUCUCUUCCAGCUACAACAGAAGAGGAAAAGAAGAAGACUCUCCCAGGUGCCAAGAAGCAACCGGGGCCGGCAGUUAACUUGUCAGAGAUCCAGAAUAUAAAGAGUGAGCUGAAAUUUGUCCCCAGAGCUGAACAGUAAUAGAAAUGAAAAGGUCUACCAAGAUGUUAUGGAGAUGCUAAAUAUAUAGUAAUGAAGCAGAUCAUUGAAACAAUUUAUAUAUUUAUAAGAAGACUGCAAAUGUUCUAGGUACAAGAUACUCUAUAUAAUAUCUUUGCAUAUUUAUAUCAGCUUUAUAUCUAUUUUGCUUAAUAAAAAGUACAUGGAUGAUAUAAGUGCAAAAAUAUAUGUCUACAUGUCUGAGAAUCAGUUUGAUCAUCUAAGUAGAGACACAUGUAGUACAAUUUUAAAACAGAAUUGAAAUAAAAUCAUUUUCCAGAAA